AUGUUGCUUAAUAAUAGAUUUAUGUAAUGUUUUAUGAACUUUUAUGAACUCCUAUGUGACAUAUCGCAUAAAACCUGCAAUGUCACUUGACGAGGUCUGACAUAAGCCUUUCAUGAAGCAUCUAACACUGUUUUAUAAAAGCUUAAUGUAAUGGUUAUGAGUGUGUUAUGAAGUUCAUAUGUAGGCACCCGUCCAAUAAAGUGUUACCAAACAAUUUUAGGUAAUUCUGAUCAUUUGUUCUGAAACUGUUGAUUAGCCAUUGCUUAGAAAGAAAAGCAAUAUACACUCAAAGUUAUUCUGGUAUCAUUUAGAGGCAAAAAAAAAACUCAACACCACCACUGGCCCAGAUCGUAUAUUAACACACAUACGUGUCUAAUAAACACAUAUGCACGACAUUUUCAGAGAGUCUCCUGCUUAUUUCACUUAUUAUCAGUUGUUUUUUGUUAUAUCAGUACAGCUUAUCGUGUUACAUAAAGCCUGACUUGUUUUUUUACAGGCACCAUGGGCGGGUUCAACCAAGAAUCCAGAUUACACAGAGGAUUUCUACAACCGGAUUAAGCUAAGCACCUUAUUUAGUAACAAGAAGUGAAAAUCAUCAAUAAGCCCGUCUGUGGAGUUGGUAUAAAGAGGCCACUGGUCUACGGAGACAUUGAAACUUGGUGGAGAAGUGGAAAACGCUCCAAUCGCUAUUUAUAAACUCUAACUCUGUCCAACUUCGACACGAAAGGAUGGAAUAUUACAGGUUCGCCUUGCUGGUAGUCUUCCUGUCCUACAUUGAGCGCUGUUGGUCUUCUUCCUGUGUGGUGGACAGCUUCACUGUCAAGCAGGACUUUGACCCGAAAAAAUAUGCAGGAAAGUGGUAUGCCCAGCAGAAGAAAGAUCCAGAAGGACUCUUCUUGCAGGACAACAUUUCUGCAGAGUACACUAUCGGAGAAGACGGAGCCAUGACUGCAUCUUCCAAGGGUCGCGUCACUCUGUUUGGAUUCUGGGUCGUGUGUGCUGACAUGGCUGCCCAGUACACGGUGCCUGAUCCGUCCACACCUGGCAAGAUGUUCAUGAACUACCAGGGUCUGGCCAGCUACCUGUCUAGUGGAGGUGACAACUACUGGAUCAUCGACACCGACUAUGACAACUACGCCAUCACCUACGCAUGCCGCACACUGAAAGACGACGGCACCUGUGAUGACGGCUACGCCAUUGUGUUCUCCCGUAACCCCCGCGGCCUGCCCCCAGCCAUCCAGCGCAUUGUGCGGCAGAAACAGGAGGAAAUCUGCCUGGCGGGACAGUUCAAACCCGUCCUGCAAUCAGGAGCCUGCUGAGGUCUCUGACACCUUCCUUUAGUACGCUGCCAUGAGAAGACCCAUCCAGCGCUUUAGAGAUGCAGAGGAUGAAGAAGGCAUCAGGGAGAAAAUUGUGUUGGGGACAAUAAAUAUUUUUUAAACAAAA